UAAAGCACUGGAUCCGCUCUCUCACCAAUUCAUAACACUCUUGUCAAGCAACAAACAUCACUUCGCAAAGAAAACUCAAGAAAUGAAGAUCAGGGACGUUCUAAUAUAUUCCCUGAUCGUCAUUUACACUAUCUCAGCCGUCUCCGCUGAUUCGAUUCACGGUUGUGGUGGCUUCGUCGAGGCGAGUUCGUCACUGAUAAAGUCGAGGAAGGCGACUGAUUCAAGGUUGGAUUAUUCUCGUGUCACUGUUGAACUACGCACGGUUGAUGGAUUGGUGAAGGACAGUACGCAGUGUGCUCCCAAUGGUUAUUACUUCAUUCCCGUGUAUGAUAAGGGUUCAUUUGUAAUUAAAGUCAAUGGACCAGAAGGAUGGUCAUGGGACCCAGAUAAAGUGCCAGUCACUGUUGAUGAUACUGGUUGCAAUGGUAACGAAGACAUUAAUUUUCGUUUCACAGGCUUUACCAUCUCUGGUAGAGUUGUGGGAGCUGUUGGUGGAGAGAGCUGUUUGGUAAAAGAUGGUGGUCCUUCAAAUGUGAAUGUUGAACUUCUCUCUCAUGAUGGUGAUCUCAUAUCAUCAGCUGUAACAUCAUCUGGAGGCAGUUACUUGUUCAAAAAUAUUAUUCCUGGAAAAUACAAACUACAUGCGUCACAUCCUGAUUUGAGAGUUGAAGUUAGAGGUUCCACGGAGGUGCAACUGGGGUUUGAAAAUGGUGUAGUUGAUGAUAUUUUCUUUGUCCCUGGGUAUGACAUUCGUGGGUUUGUUGUUGCUCAGGGAAAUCCAAUCUUGGGAGUUCAUUUAUAUUUAUAUUCAGAUGAUGUCGUUGAGGUAGACUGUCCCCUAGGUUCUGGUAAUUCCUCGGGACAAAGAAAAGCUCUCUGUCAUGCCAUAUCUGAUGCAGAUGGAAAGUUCACCUUUAAAUCAAUACCUUGCGGAGUUUACGAACUUGUACCCUACUACAAGGGUGAGAAUACCGUAUUUGAUGUUUCUCCUUCUCGCAUCUCAGUUUCUGUUAAGCAUCAACAUGUAACUGUUCCUGAAAAGUGCCAGGUCACAGGAUUUUCUGUUGGAGGUCGCGUAGUUGAUGAAAAUGACAUGGGAGUGGAGGGAGUUAAAAUAUUAGUUGAUGGUCAUGAGAGGUCUAUCACGGACAAGGAAGGCUAUUACAAGCUUGAUCAGGUUACAUCAAAUCACUAUACAAUAGAGGCUGUGAAGGAGCACUAUAAGUUCAACAAAUUGAAGGACUACAUGGUUUUGCCAAAUAUGGCCUCAGUUGCUGAUAUAAAAGCCAUUUCCUAUAAUGUUUGUGGUGUAGUUCAGAUGGUUAAUCCUGGUCACAAGGUUAAGGUAGCACUGGCACAUGGCCCAGAGAAAGUCAAACCUCAAGUGAAACAAACUGAUGAAAAUGGAAAUUUUUGCUUUGAGGUUUCAUCAGGUGAAUAUCGCUUAUCUGCUCUGGAUACUACACCUGAGAGCGCUUCAGGACUUCUAUUUUUGCCACCUUAUGUUGAUAUUGCAGUCAAAAGUCCAAUAGUAAAUAUUGAAUUUUCUCAGGCACUGGUGAAUGUCCUUGGUACUGUGGCUUGCAAGGAGAGAUGUGGUCCGCUUGUGACUGUUACUCUCAUGAGAUUGGGUCAAAAACAAAAUGAAGAGAAAGAUAGAAAGACUGUCAGUUUGACUGAUGAUAGCAAUCAAUUUCUCUUUCGGGAUAUUCUUCCAGGAAAAUACAGGCUUGAGGUCAAACAUACUUCUUCUGAAGCUACAUUCAGAAAAGAUAAUUGGUGCUGGGAGCAGAGCUCCAUUGAUGUGGAUGUUGGCGCUGAAGAUGUUAAAGGUGUUGAAUUUGUUCAAAAAGGUUAUUGGGUUAAUGUAAUCUCCUCCCACAAUGUAGAUGCUUACAUGAGUCAACCUGAUGGCUCACCUGUUACUUUGAAAAUUAAGAAAGGUUCACAGCAUAUAUGUGUGGAAUCUCCUGGAGUGCAUGAACUUCACUUUGUUAAUUCUUGUGUAUUCUUUGGAAAUUCAGUAACGAAGAUUGAUACCACAAACCCAUUACCUAUCUAUCUAAAAGGGGAGAAAUAUCAACUUAAAGGACAGAUCAGUGUGGAGUCAACCUCAACUGAUGGUGGAUGUGUGUUACCUGAGAAUGUCAUUGUGAAUAUUUUCAAUAGUGACGUUAUUUUAGUUGAUAAAACUACAGCUGUACUCACAUCCAAUGCAAAUGAUCAAACAAGCAAUGUUGUGUAUGAGUAUUCUGUGUGGGCUAAUCUUGGAGAAAAACUCACAUUUGUUCCGUUGGACCCAAGGAAUAGUGAGGAAAGGAUACUUUUGUUUUAUCCUAGACAACAUCAUGUCUCAGUGACAAAUGAUGGGUGUCAAGCUCCAAUCCCUCCAUUCACCGGCCGACCAGGGUUGUACUUAGAAGGAUCAGUUUCUCCGCCUCUCUCUGAUGUGCAUGUAAGGAUUGUUGCUGCACAAGAUAGCCAAAUUGCUCCACUGAAGAAAGGUGAUUUAGUUCUUGAAACUAGCACUGGGGAAGAUGGUUCCUUUGUUGGGGGCCCUCUCUAUGACGAUAUAACUUACAGCAUUGAGGCUACAAAGCCUGGCUAUCAUCUGAAACAAGUAGGUUCAAAUUCCUUUUCAUGUCAGAAACUUGGACAAAUUUCUGUACGCAUAUAUUCUAAAGAUGAUGCUGAAGAACCUAUCCCUUCUGUGCUAUUAUCAUUGAGUGGCGAUGAUGGUUAUAGGAAUAACUCGGUAUCUGGGGCUGGCGGACUCUUUCUCUUUGAUAACUUAUUUCCUGGAAAUUUCUACCUGCGUCCUCUGCUGAAGGAGUAUGCUUUCUCACCUCCUGCACAGGCAAUAGAACUUGGUUCGGGGGAGUCCAAAGAACUAAUUUUCCAGGCGACUCGCGUUGCUUACAGUGCUACGGGUUUGAUAUCCCUGUUGUCUGGCCAGCCUAAAGAGGGUGUGUCGGUUGAAGCACGGUCAGAAUCAAAAGGCUACUAUGAGGAGACUGUGACAGAUUCAUCUGGAAAUUAUCGUCUGAGAGGAUUGCAUCCUGAUACAACUUAUGUUAUUAAAGUAGUCAAAAAGGAUGGGCUGGGCAGCACUAAAAUUGAGCGUGCAUCUCCUGAAUCUGUUACUGUUAAGGUCGGAUCUGGGGAUACCAAGGGAUUGGACUUUCUGGUCUUUGAACAGCCAGAGAAGACUAUUUUAAGUGGCCAUGUGGAAGGAACUAAAAUGGAAGAACUACGUUCACAUCUUCUGGUGGAAAUCAAGUCAGCUAUUGACACAUCUAAGGUUGAGUCUGUCUUUCCACUGCCACUAUCCAACUUCUUCCAGGUGAAGGACUUGCCUAAGGGUAAGCAUCUUCUGCAGCUAAAAUCUAGUCUGCCAUCAAGCAUCCAUAAAUUUGAAUCAGAGGUUAUUGAAGUUGACCUGGAGAAAAAUUCCCAAAUUCAUGUGGGUCCACUCAGAUACACUGUUAAAGAGGAUCAUCUUAAACAGGAAUUAACUCCUGCACCGGUAUUGCCCCUCAUUGUUGGAGUUUCAGUAAUUGCACUUUUUAUCAGUAUCCCAAGAUUGAAGGAUCUAUAUCAAUCCACAAUGGGAAUACCAACACCAGGAUUUACUGUGACCGCUAAAAAGGAAGCACGAAGGCCAGUUGUGAGAAAGAAGACAUACUGAAAAAAUCGUUGUGCACCAUCGGGUACAAGUGUUAAAAUCAAGUUCUCCAUUCAGUUUUGAGAGUUUUUGGCGAAUCACGAGCUAACAUGAAAGCAUUAGCAUCUUCACGUAGGAACUGGAUUUCUUUCAAUGUAGAAUUUCAAAGGAUUCAUAUAUUCAGUAGAAAUAACUAGCAACGGCUGCAGAUUUAAAUUGUACAAUAAAUUCUCAAUCAGGCAAUGAAGUCAUGACGGUUGGCACACCGUGAGUGACAAAGUUCUGUUGAAUGUUUUCACCAAAA